UGUUUUCAUUAGAAUAUGAUCUACAUUGUGAUCUUGUGUGUGUGUGUGUGCUCACAGGACAGAAAGCUUUACCAGCCACCAGUAGUUGUGUUCGUGGACUGCAAACUUGGGGCUGAUUUGCUGUGUGAAGCUGUGCAAAAGGUCAUGGGAUUGAACGCAGUCGCGAUCCACUCGGACAAGCUGCAGUGGGAACGCAACAAAAUUGUAAAGGGUCUUCUCGAGGGCCAGUUUGAAGUGGUGGUCAGCACUGGGAUUCUCGGUAGAGGACUGGACCUGGUCAAUGUGAAGCUGGAAUCAUUCAGAUUGGUUGAGCGGGUCGGCUGGGCCACAGAGGCACCGCCAUCACGUUCAUGGAUAACAACAACAAGUGGCUGUUUCUGGACAUUGUGAACCGAGUGAAACCCACGGGCUCCAUCCUGCCGCCACAGCUCCUCGACUCGCCACAUCUGCACGAACAGCAGAGGAGAGCCAGACAGAGGAGCAGCCGUGCAGAAGACAUCCUCGUAUCCAAGAGCAACCUCAUCGACAUCAUCAGGAAGCAUGACAGACCAU